AUGGAUAUACCGUAUCCGAUGGCUGCUGAGUGUCCCGAUAUCGACUCUUUAAUCGAUCAUCAAAUCGAUUUGCUCAUCAAGCAGUGUUUCACAUCGACUCAACACCCACCUACGCAUACAUUUGGACAAGUGGUAGUGCUGUUCUCGCAUCAAGACCAAUUAAAAACAAAGAAAAAGACAGGAUGGUUCGGGAAUGUUAAGGAGCAGGCCUCCGAAGACAUGGUAGUAUGGGAAAAAUGGACCAUCAACAUCAAUUGUCUACCGAUUACUGGGGAUAUAGGCAAUCUACCUGAGGGCGACGGUGUCAUGAAUAAUGCAGAGCGUUUACUUCAAUUAUCUGCUGCCAGCUUCGAAAGCAAUUUGCUCCGUAUCUUAGAAAUUGUGGAUAAGCACAAAAGCCAUGUGCCUCCUAUUGUCACCCUCGAAGUAGCUCCGUUCCCUUAUACUAUUGCAGUCACGCCCAGCGCCAAGCCGCCCUCUGAGGACGAGACUUGGGGCCAUUUGAUCAAGAAGAUGAUGGACUGA